GCGUCACGCUGGAGGAGGGCGAGAUCUUUAAAUAUGGAACAAGACUCAAGACGAGCGCGACGCGGGCAACGUGGAGCGUUUUCCGACGGGACGCAGAGAGUUCGUGAGCCUGUUGCGUUAUGACUGCUGGAGAGACUGAAUGUACUGUAGUUAGUAGAAGCAGCAGCAGCGAAUUAUCUCUGGCUCCAGAUAAACAGAAGUGAGUCUGUGUAUGUGUUCAUGCUUUUACGCAUCCAGACACGCUGAACUUGGAGCGAAUUCGUACUUGCGCAUAUUUUGAAAGUGUUUUUGAAGCCUGGACGCACUUUAAUUCAGCGGAGGAGAAGAAAGCGCGUCUCCGGGAGAACAGGACGCGCACGGCACGCUCAACAUGAGCGACAAAAACAAAAUGGAGGAUGAAGCCAUAGUGGACAGGGGAGCGUCUUACAUCAAAAACAUGUGUGAUGAAGAGGUCGAGGGUCAUCACACAGUCUACAUUGGAGUUCACGUGCCUAAGAGUUACCGUCGCCGUCGACGACACCGACGACGAUCCAAUCACAAAGAGAGGAGGGAGCGUUUGGCGGAAAACGUGAGCGACAAAUCAGACACAGAGACUGCAGACGAUCCGUCCUCCAGCAUCCUCAAACCACUCAUUACACCUGCUGCAGAGAGGAUUCGCUUUAUUUUGGGGGAAGAUGACAGCGGCCCUCCUCCGCCGCAGCUUUUCACCGAACUCGAUGAGCUUCUCUCUGUUGACGGACACGAGAUGGAGUGGAAGGAAACAGCCAGAUGGAUAAAGUUUGAGGAGAAGGUGGAGAAGGGUGGAGAACGGUGGAGUAAACCUCAUGUAGCCACUCUGUCUCUUCACUCGCUCUUCCAGCUGAAAAACUGCAUCGAGAAAGGAACCAUCAAGCUGGACAUGGAGGCCAACUCACUUCAGCAGAUCGUCGAAAUCAUCACUGACAGUCAGAUUGAGAGCGGGCAGCUGAAGGCCGAUCUGAAGGAGAUGGUCAUGUACACUUUGCUGCGGAAACAUCGCCACCAGACCAAGAAGUCCAACCUGCGUUCGCUGGCAGACAUCGGCAAAAGCGUGUCGAGUGCAAGUCGUCUGUUCAGCAGCCAGGAGAACGGUAGUCCAACCACGGCCCAUCGUAACCUGACCUCCAACAGCCUGAACGAUCUCUCAGACAAACCUGAGAAAGACCAGUUGAAUAAUAAGUUCAUGAAGAAGGUUCCUCGGGAUGCAGAGGCGUCAAACGUGCUGGUCGGCGAGGUGGACUUUCUGGACUCUCCCUUCGUGGCGUUUGUGCGUCUACAGCAGUCCGUCAUGUUAGGAGGACUCACCGAGGUUCCUGUUCCCACACGCUUCCUUUUUAUUCUGCUGGGGCCCAAAGGAAAGGCCAAAUCAUACCAUGAGAUCGGACGUGCCAUCGCCACGCUCAUGUCUGAUGAGGUGUUUCAUGACAUAGCUUAUAAAGCAAAAGGCCGCGGUGACCUGCUGGCAGGCAUUGAUGAGUUCCUGGAUGAAGUCAUUGUGCUUCCUCCAGGAGAAUGGGACCCUGAUAUCAGGAUUGAACCUCCUAAAUCCAUCCCGUCUGCAGAGAAACGUAAAAACUUUAUUGCUGGAGGGGAAGGUCUUCAGAUGAACGGCGGAGCUCCUCAUGAUGGGAGGCCAACACGCUUCGAAGAAAAGUUUUGCGGCGGCCUCGUUCUGGACGUCAAGAGGAAGCUCCCGUUUUACGCGAGCGACUUUUAUGACGCUCUCAACAUUCAGUCUCUGUCUGCCAUCCUGUUCAUUUACCUGGGAACCGUCACAAAUGCCAUCACCUUCGGGGGGCUGCUGGGAGACGCCACUGACAACAUGCAGGGUGUGUUGGAGAGUUUUGUCGGGACGGCGUUGGCUGGUGCUGUAUUCUGUCUGUUUGCGGGUCAACCUCUGACUAUCCUGAGCAGCACGGGACCCGUCCUCGUCUUUGAGCGACUGCUCUUUAACUUCAGCAAGGAUAAUCAGUUCGACUAUCUGGAGUUCCGGCUGUGGAUCGGUCUGUGGUCUGCUUUCUUGUGUCUGGUCCUGGUCGCCACAGACGCCAGUUUCCUGGUGCAGUACUUCACCCGCUUCACAGAGGAAGGGUUUUCUGCUCUCAUCAGCUUCAUCUUCAUCUACGACGCCUUUAAGAAAAUGCUCAAACUGGCUCACUAUCAUCCAAUCAACACAGACUUUAACAUGGACCUGGUCACGCAGUACGGAUGCCACUGCAGUCCUCCAGACGGCAACAUGUCAGCUCUGUACAUGGAGAAAAUGGAGGCCCUGAUGAACAGCACAGGACAGCAACAUCUGAACGCGACCUGGGCGUCUUUGACGCGCUCUGAGUGUUUGGAGUGGGGCGGUCAGCUGGUGGGCUCGGCGUGUGAAUACGUCCCUGAUAUCACACUGAUGUCCUUCAUCCUGUUCUUCGGGACAUACACCUGCUCCAUGGGUCUGAAGAAGUUCAAAACCAGCCGAUUUUUCCCAACUACGGUCCGCAAACUGAUCAGUGAUUUUGCCAUUAUUCUGGCCAUUUUGAUCUUCUGUGGUGUGGACGCGCUGGUCGGUGUGGAUACACCCAAACUAAUAGUGCCAAGUGAAUUCAAGCCGACGAGUCCAAAUCGUGGCUGGUUUGUUCCACCGUUUGGAGGAAACCCCUGGUGGGUUUACCUGGCGUCACUCUUACCUGCUCUCCUGGUCACCAUCCUCCUCUUCAUGGACCAGCAGAUCACAGCGGUCAUCGUCAACCGCAAGGAGCACAAGCUCAAGAAGGGAGCCGGGUAUCAUCUGGACCUGUUCUGGGUCUCCGUUCUCAUGAUCGUGUGUUCGUUCAUGGGUCUGCCGUGGUACGUGGCAGCAACCGUCAUCUCCAUCGCACACAUAGACUCCCUCAAGAUGGAAACCGAGACCUCGGCACCCGGAGAACAGCCCAAAUUCCUUGGAGUCAGGGAGCAGAGAGUCACAGGAACAAUGGUGUUUAUUUUGACGGGUCUGUCGGUCUUCAUGGCCCCCAUUCUGAAGUUCAUCCCUAUGCCCGUCCUGUACGGCGUGUUCCUCUACAUGGGUGUCGCCUCUCUCAACGGCGUCCAGUUUAUGGAUCGUCUGCAGCUCUUGUUGAUGCCUGCAAAACACCAGCCAGAUCUGAUCUACCUGAGACACGUACCGCUGAGACGGGUUCACUUCUUCACCUUCAUACAGGUGCUGUGUUUGGCUCUCCUGUGGGUGUUGAAGUCAACAGUAGCAGCAAUCAUAUUUCCUGUGAUGAUUCUUGCAUUGGUUGCCGUGAGAAAGGCCAUGGAUUACGUGUUCUCGCAGCACGAUCUCAGUUACCUGGAUGACGUCAUGCCCGAGAAAGACAAGAAGAAGAAAGAGGAUGAGAAGAAGAAGAAGAAGAAGAAAGGAAGCAUUGACAGUGACAUGAACGACUCGGAUUUUCCAGCCAUUGAGAAAGUUCCCAGCAUAAAGAUCUCCAUGGAGACCAUGCAACAGGAGCCAGUGCUGGGGGAGAAGCCCUCAGACCGUGAGUAA